GGCUGUGGCCACAACAACUCAGGGCUUGUGUCGACCACUUCAGGCAUUGUUGGUCUAAACUGGGCAGCUACAUCGCUCACCUCUCAGAUGGGAGAAAGAUUCUUAGGUCUUUUGUCUUAUUGCUUCUCCGGAACGGGAACUAGCAAGAUCAACUUUGGAGAGAACGCUAUUGUAGCAGGAGAUGGGACAGUAGCAGCCGAUUUGUUUCGAAAGGCGGAUAAACCGAAUAACUACUACCUAAACCUAGACGCAAUCAGUGUUAAUGAUAACCGUGUUGAGACGCUGGGGACACCGUUCUACGCCACAGACGGGAACAUUGUCAUAGACUCUGGAACCACUUACACGUUCUUGCCCGGGAGCUACUUGGAACAAGUGAAGGCGGCAGUGGAAAGCGUUGUGACAGCGGAACGAGCACCUUCCACAUACGGCAUGCUUUGCUACUAUUCGAAUCUCAUUGAUAUAUUCCCGGUGAUUACUAUGCACUUCUCCGGCGGUGCGGAUCUUGUGUUGGAUAAUAACAAUGUGUAUGUGAACAUGGGAGGAGGAGGAAGCUUUUGUCUGGCGCUUAUGGAUGGUGAUCCCAUGCAAGUGUCCAUCUUUGGGAACAGAGCACAGAACAAUUUUUUGGUGGGUUAUGAUCCUUCCUCAAUGGUGGUUUCUUUUAAACCCACCGAUUGUUCUGCACUGUUUUAG